AUUCAGUCCAUAAGGGUAACCUACAUCUGCCGCUGUCUCCUAACAUUUGUCGAUAAGUAUGACCUAUAUUUGCCACUGUGUGAACCGCUGUCACGUUCAUGACGCUGGAUAUGGAGUUGCUACAGAGGCUGCCUUACCUGGAGCAGCUACUGGACUGGAUCAAGGGGUGGGAGGAAUGGUUGCCUACAAGUCCCACCGCCCGGGCUGUUCUACUGGGACUAGGCGUCGGAGUAGCCGUUUAUCUGAUCACCAAGAAGAGGUACAAGCUACCCCCUGGACCCCGUGGAUGGCCGUUGCUUGGGAACCUCUUGGAGUUCCGGAAUGCAACUAUCUACGAGAAGAUGACGGAGUGGAAGGCUCGGUAUGGUCCCGUUGUGAGCUUUAAUAUGGGACCUAUGACAAUGGUGGCCCUCAACAAUAUAGACGUUGUGAUGGAGGCGAUGGUCAAGCGACAGGCGGACUUUGCAGGGCGCCCCAAGUCUUAUUCAUCGCAACUCCUCAGCGACGGAGGUAGGAGUAUCGCCCUCGGAGACUACAGCCCUACUUGGAAACUACACAGGAAGCUGGCUACAAAAGCUUUGAAACACUACAUGACGGGUACCCGCCUAGACCAGGGGAUAGAGCGCUCCCUCACUAAAGGCAUAAAGCUGAUACAGGAGAUGAAGGGGCCAUUCAAUCCUCAUCACGUCGUCUCCCUCAUUGUGUUCAACAUCAUCAACAAUAUCUGCUUCAGUGUCACAUGCGACGUUCAUGACAACUACUUCAAAGAGAUGUUGCAUAUUCUGGAUGCCUUUCUGGAUGACUUCGGCAAUGGCUUUCUUGAAGAUGUCAUUCCUCCCCUGCGUCUCUGCCAUACCAAGAAGCUGAACACUGUAUUGAAACAAUUUGCCAAAUUCUUUGGCAACUUGAAUGAAGGAAUUGACAAACAUCGACAGACUAUAUCCAAAGAUAACACCCGUGAUUUCUGUGAUGCCCUGUUACUGGCUCAAGAAGAAGCUCGUGACGAGGAGGACCCGGAAGUGAUGUCACAGAUGACUGACAGCCAUAUCACUCAAACCCUCUCUGAUAUAUUUGCUGCCGGGAUGGACACCUCUCGCUUCACGCUGCUGUGGACGCUGCUGGACCUGGCUCAGCACCCUGACAUCCAAGACAAGCUUCACACGGAGGUUGACCGUGCACUGGGUGCAAGUCAUUUCCCCAGUGUAUCAGACAGGAAUAGUCUCCCUUACACUGACGCUGUGCUACACGAGAGUAUGAGGUUGCACACCGUGGUGCCAAGCGGACUUCCCCACAAAACACUGUGUGAUACGAACGUCGGUGGUUUUGACAUUCCUAAAGGCACUACCGUGUUCAUCAACCACUACGCUUUGCACCAGGAUCCAGAGCAGUGGCGGGACCCGCAAGUGUACAAUCCAGAUCGGUUCCUUGACCAUGAUGGCAAAAUGGCUGCCAAACCAGAGAGCUGGCUUCCGUUCUCCGCUGGAAGAAGAGUGUGUCUCGGAGAGAGCGUGGCCAAGCCGGAACUGCAACUUCUGCUUGCAGGAAUCAUGAGGCAUUUCAAAGUGUCCCUCCCACCUGGAGCUAAGGUGAACCUUGAGCCACGUGGAGGAUCUUUCGCAAACGUUCCGCGUGCUUAUGAACUCACUUUUGAAUCGAGAAUCUAGCUCAGAUUUUUUCUGUGAUGGAUAUGUAUAGUCAUGAACACGAACACAUUGUAACAGAUGAGUAACAAAUAUGUUUUCCAUGAUAGUGUGGCUUUGUUGAUAUUCAUACAUAUUCUAGGAAUAAUAAUUUUGCUGGAUAUAUAUGGACCAUUAGUGUGAAGCCUCCAUGAAUGAGUGCAACAAUGAAACGGGAAUUCAACGUUCCUGUCAAAUUACUGACACCUCAAGUCAUUAUUAGAGCCUGAACUACGAGGGGCGUUCAAUAAGUUUUGCAGUCGCAGAAUAUCUUUUGCACUUUUGAUUUUCAAUAUAAUCUCCAUUCACCUCAAUACACUUAUUCAAUUUGUCCAUCAAGCUUUUAAUACCACUUUUAUAGAAAUCCGCAGAUUGGCCCUCUAACCACGCCUCUGUGGCAGCCUUUAAUUAUGUCCUGGUCAUCCUGGAUGCGUCUUCCACGUAGGGCAGAUUUCAUUUGCCGGAACAGGAAAUAGUCACUUGGGGCUAAGUCUGGGCUGUAGGAUGAUUUAACUGUACAGCCCAAACUUGGCCCGGGGUAGAUAAGGGCCAUGCUUGCCGUAAAAGGCGACUAUGCUUGACUAAGGGAAUCUGGUGGUCAGGCUCGCUGACUUGGUUGUCAUCGAUCCCAAUUGCGUGGAUUAAUGCUCAUGUUGUCAAUCACUGGAUUGUCUGUUCUUAUUGUUAUACCCGCUACUGUUCUGUUUCACCUGUAAUGUCAAGUAGAGACUUCAAGGAACAUUUCUACAUGAAACAUCAAAUGUAACUCGUUUACUUAAUUCUGCAGCUCCAUACGUUUUUGAGGUAUUGUCUAAGGUCCAAAACAGUACCUGUACAUGAUGUUUUUGUCAGUAAAUUCCAAUCACAACUCA